UCCGUCUGUCUACCCGGCGCAGCAGACGAAAAGACACAGCCGGUCAGCAAGUGUCAGUCGGCGAGUAGCCGGGUACCAGGCACGUCCAGGCAGGCGGGAGAGCACAGCAGGACUGCAAGACGCCCUGCUUCCCUCGGAGAGACUCCUCGUCCUGAUCGCGGCUCCAGCGGCCCUCUUUUUCUACUCCGGGACCAGCAAAGCAGCCGACAACAUGAAGAGCUUCAUUCCCUACGACAGCAGCUGCGACUUCCCGAUCCAGAAUCUGCCUUACGGCGUUUUCUCGACGCCCGGCGAUGCCAAUCCCAGAAUCGGCGUGGCGAUCGGCAACCAGAUCCUGGACUUGAAAGCGGUCCGGCACUUGUUCACCGGCCCGCUCAUGAAGGGCCAGCAGGAGGUGUUCGCCGAGGCGACGCUGAACGCCUUCAUGGGCCUGGGCCGACCCUACUGGCAGGAGGCGCGCCAGACCCUGCAGAAAAUUUUGAGCCAGGAUGACGACACGCUGCAAGGAAACAGCGAGCUCAGAUCGAGAGCGUUUGUAGCCCAAGCCGACGCGAAGAUGCACCUGCCCGCGCACAUCGGGGACUACACGGACUUCUACUCGUCCAUCUACCACGCCACCAACGUGGGCAUCAUGUUCAGGAGCAAGGAGAACGCCCUCAUGCCCAACUGGAAACACCUCCCCGUCGGCUACCACGGCCGCGCCUCCUCGGUGGUGGUGUCCGGGACCCCCAUCCGGCGGCCCAAGGGCCAGACGCAGCCCGUGGAGGGCGCGGACCCCGUCUUCGGGCCGUGCCGCCUCAUGGACUUCGAGCUGGAGGUGGCGUUCUUCGUCGGGGGCGCCCCCACACAGCUAGGCACCUCAGUGCCCGCCAGCAAGGCGCAGGACCACAUUUUUGGCAUGGUGCUCAUGAACGACUGGAGCGCACGAGACAUCCAAAAGUGGGAGUAUGUACCUCUUGGACCUUUCGGAGCCAAGAAUUUGGGUACCACUAUUUCUCCUUGGGUGGUCACAAUGGAGGCACUGUCACCUUUUGCAAUUGACAACUUCCCUCAAGACCCCAAGCCUUUCCCUUACCUGCAGCACGAGGAUAAAUAUAACUUUGAUAUCAACCUCAUUGUGGAUUUAAAACCUGAAAAUGGAACGCCGUCAACAAUCAGCCGUUCCAAUUAUAGGUACAUGUACUGGACUGCCAAGCAACAGCUAGCACAUCAUACCGUCACUGGCUGUAAUAUUAACCCUGGAGAUUUAAUGGCUUCGGGAACAAUUAGUGGAAUGGCAUCCGAUUCAUUUGGAUCAAUGCUGGAACUUAGCUGGAAAGGAACCAAGCCCAUUCGCCUCAAUGAUGGAAGCACCCGCAAAUUUCUGCAGGACAAUGAUGAAGUUAUUUUGAGAGGUUUUUGUGAAGGAGACUCAUACCGUAUUGGUUUUGGCGAAUGUAAAGGAAAACUGCUACCUACUUUGGAUGCUUGAAAAAGAGAAGACUUGACUGAAGAUGCACUAAUAAAUAGAAAAAAAACAAAAUUUCGA